GAUUAAAUUUCCUUCAAUAGUUUAUCGCGAGCGUCUAUAAGCUCAUGUCGUGUUUUAGGCAGUUAGUGUGAUAACGAUUUAAUUCAAAAUGUUCACGAAAUAUAUAGUUUUAGUUGUUUUGCUUCAUACUACCGCAGCUGUUAUAUACGAGCUAAAUGAAUCGGACUUGGCCCGCAUGCCUCCCCUGUUUCAUCUGGACAACUAUGAAGAGUGUCUCCAAGACCCUGAGGGCCUGUACUGCAUGACAGAAACACUAUUAGUCUCCGAUGAACCAAGCCCGCUCUUGACUAUGAUACAAGAAUACGCAGCACAUAGGCCUACACAUUACAACCGAACACUUCUACGUCACGGCAUUUGUGUCACAAGGACAUGUAAAAAGUUUUACGAAAAUUCUAAAGAGGACCUGAGAUCGGCCCUUGAGGCAUGCGCCAACGAAUCCCUUUACAAUAACUAUAAGUUACGAGGAAGAGUGUUGGAAGGCUUCGAUUGUUCCAAACCCGAGAAAAGCAAGCCCUUAGACAAUCUAGAAAUAACUGUCGCAGGGAUCUGCGCAGCAAUAUUGCUUGUUAACAUCAUCGCAAGCUUUUGCGAUUACUAUUUUGAGAAGAAAACAGCUAAUGGUGCUCUGAGAUAUCUCUAUUGCUUUUCAAUAUAUCGGAAUUGGGAGAAACUGGUAGCACCAGCAACUGAAAGGAAAGAACCUCGUCCAUUAGGACUGAAAGGACUUCACGGUAUCAGGGUUAUAAAUGUGCUCCUCACAAUUGGAGGACACGCUCUCAUACUGGAUCUGCGAUUUGUAGAAAAUCCUGAAUAUAUUGAAAACUUGUUCAUGUAUAAAGUUCUUCACAUACUAUUGAACGGGACAGUAAUAAUGCAGACGUUUCUGAUGAUCUCAUCGUUUCUACUAGUGUACCAUUUGAUGCUUGCUUCAGAGAAGCAUACAUUGUCGUGGAAAAUGUUACCGCAACAGAUUUUAAUUAGAUGGUUAAGGUUGACUCUAUCGUAUGCUCUAGCUUUAGGAUUAACAGUAACUUGGUUUGGAAGAUUGGCAUCAGGACCAAAUUGGCAGAAAAUGGUCGGCAACGAGAUUACCGAUUGUCGUCGCAACUGGUGGAGGCAUAUCUUGUACAUCAAUAACUACUAUACAGAUUCCGAAUGUAUGGUUCAUGCGUGGUAUUUAGCAGCAGACCUGCAGCUAUACUGCACUGCUCUGGUCGUAUUCCUGGCGUGUCGCACUCCUCGAGCCAGGAAGGUGACCCUGAGCCUGCUGUUUGUAGCAGGGGCAGUCAUACCAGCCUACCAUACUUACCGCCAAAAGCUGGAUGGUGUGCUGGUCGUUUAUCCAGAGUUUUUAGUAAAAAUCUUCAUGGAAAAUCCUGUGUUCGACUAUAUCUACAAGAGAGGACACACCAACCUCAUCGGUUACGUCGUCGGAAUGUCUAUGGGUUACAUGGUCUAUGCUUGGCAGAAGGCUGGAGGCGAUCCUACGAGUUUCAGGAAAUACCGGUACUUCUACUGGACUCUAUUCCCGAUGGGUUGUCUUUGCUGCUUGACGGGUAGUCUAUACUACACUCACUCGCCACCUCCGACGCUGUUCAUCGACGUUAUGUUCGCUGCCUUCAUGAAGCCUGUCUUCAGCAUCAUCAUCGGGACUAUUCUUGUUGGAGUUGUUAUUCAAUUUGAAGAUCUGUACCGGCCAAUAGUGUCUUGGCGUGGCUGGACGAUCCCAAGCCGGUUGUCAUUCAGCGCGUACCUCCUACACAUCGGCUUCGCGAGGAACAACGUGGCAGCUGUCACCUCCGUCUACAGAACCUCUUUGUGGAUAAUGGCCCUGUGCAUUGUAAAAGUAAUAAUCGUGUCAAUGAUAGCAGCAGUCAUCUUCUGCAUAUUAGUAGAAACUCCUUUCAAUAACGUGGUUAAGGAAUUGAUCUACGGACAAAAAACUGAUAAAAAGGAUAAGAAAGAAACUUUGGUGGACAAAGAUGAACAUAUAGUAGAAAAGUCUGAUAAGCUAACUUCUAAAAUACUUGAUGAAGUUGCGAAUGAUAAUGGUUUUAUAAGAAAAAGGCUCGUGCGAUCCAGUUAGCGAAACCAAGUGAAAGAAUA